UUCUCCAAAAUCAUUCAGCGGGAGAACCUGAACACAAUCAAGAGUUGUAUGAAGAAACGCAAAACUAGUUAAUUUCUCGGGGGAUUUAGUGACAUUUGGAGAUCUUUAACAGUUUCGUCUAUCCUUUAGUUCGCCCGGGUUAUUGUAGGUUGCCAGAAGCAGAAUGCGACGCUCAGGAGCUCCCAGCCAGCUCUUGGGUAAUGCUGUGAAAAAGCCUCGGUUUAUGCCUCCUGGAGCAUCUACGUCAUGUCUUGUGGCUGAAUCUAAACCCCUUAGCCCUAAACUAGGUUUGGGCGAUGCAUUUGAAAAGGUCCAGAGAAGUCUAGCAGCACCAGCUUUGAGUAAAACAGACUAUGAUGUCCAGCCUAAAGCUGCCUAUUCUGCUCCAGCCUUGUCAAGGGCUCUGGCUCGUGUUCUCAGUGCAGCAGAAAUUAAGGAAAAUAAGGCUGAGGCAGAAGAUGCUAACACAGAAGAAUACCGACCGGCAGGAGCGAAUGGUUGCCCUCAGAUGGCUUCUUGGUCCUCACAACCCCCUCAGUCUCCAGCUGUGGGGUCAGUCUGUGUAUCUGGAGCUGCAGACUCAGGCUGCAGUCAGGACGGAGCGCGUUACUUCAGUGUGAUGUGGUGUAAAGCCAGUAAGAAGAAACACAAGCGCUGGGAGGGCGAUGCAGUCCUGAUAACAAGGGGACGCACAGCCACGCUGAAAGAUAUGGAGGGCAAGGACAUUGGAAAGGGAAGUGGCUAUAAAGUGUCCAUGCUGGCCUCCCUGUCCGAGGGAGAGACCCUGAUGAUUGGAGGAAAGGAGGUGGAGGUGAUGGGACUCAUUUCUGCUGAGGACUUCGCCAAGGGACGUUGUUUCCAAGAGGUCCAAGUAGAAACAGAGGAGCCGCCCUCAAAGUCAGCUCCGCCUCCCUGUCGUCGCUUGUCGUCCAAACCUUUCUGCCCCCCAACACUGUUGGGGACCGGAGACCAUCCAGGAUCCAAACCAGAGGAGGAACAAACCUGCAGACCUCGCCAUGACACGCUGGCUCCAGGCGCACUUGUGAUGCCUCGACCCUCUGCUAACCACCAGUGGUCUAACAACAAGUCAGGGCUUCCUGUUGUUGACGUUGUUCUUGACCCGUACCUGACUACUCACCUGCGGCCGCACCAGAGGGACGGCCUGCUCUUCCUCUAUGAGUGUGUCAUGGGCAUGAGAGCUGUGGGUCGCUACGGGGCUAUCCUGGCUGAUGAGAUGGGUCUGGGGAAGACCCUCCAGAGUGUGGCGCUGUCCUGGACGCUGCUUAAACAAGGACCGUACGGUGGGAGACCAGUUGCUAAGCGUGUCCUUGUGGUCACUCCUGGCAGCUUAGUGCACAACUGGGGUGCAGAAUUUAACAAGUGGCUCGGCCGUGAGAGGAUCAGCGUUUUCACUGUGGAUCAGGACCACAGGAUAGAGCAGUUUGUGUUAUCCCCUCUGCACAGUGUUCUUGUGAUCAGCUACGAAAUGCUGCUGCGCUGCCUGGAGCAGGUCCAGAAGGUGGAGUUUGGUCUCGUGAUUUGUGAUGAGGGCCACAGAUUAAAGAACAGCAGCAUCAAAACGUCCUCAGCCCUCAGCAGCCUGAGCUGUAAUCGCAGAGUCAUACUAACAGGCACCCCGGUGCAGAACGACCUGCAGGAGUUCUAUGCUAUUAUAGAGUUUGUUAACCCGGGGAUUCUCGGGUCGUCCACUGCAUAUCGGAAAGUAUACGAGGAGCCAAUUCUUCGCUCCAGACAGCCGUCCUGCACAGAGGAGGAAAGUGUUUUGGGAGAAGAGCGAGCAGCAGAGCUCUCUCGCCUCACUGGCAUGUUCAUCCUGAGACGGACACAAGAGAUCAUCAACCGCUACCUGCCCCCUCGGCUCGACUGGACGCUGUUCUGCGACCCGUCCCCUCUGCAACGAGAGCUGUACAAGCAUCUCCUCUGCCACAGAGUCUUCAGAGCCUGCCUUCAGGGCUCCAUGCAGAGCCACACACACCUGGCCUGCAUCACUGCACUGAAGAAGCUCUGCAACCACCCGGGUCUGCUCCACGCCACGGUCAAGGAGAGAGCAGAGCGGGAGUCACUGGAGGACUCUUUAUACGAUGGCCUGGCUGAGCUCUUCCCAGAGUCCUACUCCUCAGGUGGAUUCGAUACUGCUGACUCUGGAAAGCUUCUGGUGCUGUCAGACCUGCUGGCCGCCAUCCGACAACUCAGCCCUUCAGACAGGGUGGUCGUAGUGUCCAACUACACUCAGACACUUGACCUGCUCCAGGACAUGUGUGUCCACCUGGGCUACACCUUCUGCCGGCUUGAUGGACACACGCCCACCAGCCAGAGACAGAGGCUAGUCGACGCUUUUAACAGUCCCUACUCUCAGAACUUCCUGUUUCUGCUGAGCUCCAAAGCAGGAGGCGUGGGGCUUAAUCUGGUGGGGGCUUCCCACCUGGUGCUGUAUGAUAUUGACUGGAACCCUGCCAACGACAUUCAGGCUAUGGCUCGGGUGUGGAGAGAUGGCCAGAAGAAGACAGUGCACAUCUAUCGUCUCCUCACUGCAGGCACCAUUGAGGAGCGUAUAUUCCAGAGACAGGUGUCAAAACAGGGGCUGUCUGGGACCGUGGUUGACCUCGGUAAAAAGGCCGAGCACACCAGCUUUUCCACCAGUGAACUGCGAGAUCUUUUUAGCCUGACAGAAACGCCGUCUCUAACACACGACCUGCUGAACUGCAGCUGCAGCAUGGAUGGCUCGGUCCAGGCUGUCGUGGAGGAAGAGGAGCAGAUUUCUGACAGGCCGUGUCAGCUCGGCCGCCAAGGUGUCAGCGGAGCGGCGCAGCAGAAACACCUCAGCAUGUCUGAACUGAUGCAGUGGAGACACUUCUCUGGUGACACACACACCUUCUCAGACCUUUACCUUGAUCACGCACGAAACCACAUCACCUUCGCCUUCCAGACCACCAUGUCUCACACAGCUCCAUAAACAAACACACACACACACACACACACUCACACACACACUUCUACCUGUUUAUACUCAGGCUCUCUGCGCUUUGUCAGCAGCUUGGCUACAUCAUAUGACUAAACACUCAACAGUGCUGCCAACAACAACAAUAACUGACGUUCGUGAGAUUCUGUGUCUUGUCUUCAAGGUUUCCUUUAUUUAUUCAAAGAAAUUUACUGUAAAACAUCAUUAGUCUAUGUAAUAAACUGGCUUUUAAAGAGUUGAUCAUUAACUGUUGACUGAAUAAACUAAACUGAAUUCUUCCUGAGGGAAGAUGCUUGUUUUAAUGAGCGAGAGUCAAAGUGUUAUCUUUGGUAAAAGGUAUCUUUUAAAUCCACAUACUAUAUAAUGAGAUUGUAUUGAGGGGUUCUCAUGUGUCCAUCUAGAGUAAAUAUACUCUGAAUUAGAAGAUUUAUGUUGUUCUGAGACAUAUCUAGGGGACAGACUGGGUGGUAUGGAGAGAAUGUGUAAACAACCAUCCAUAGAAGAGAAUCUAGUUUAUGGCUGUCCCUGCACUGACUCUGUAACCUUGAGCCUUAAUGCCUUGAUAGAAGAAUAAAGGCAACCUAAAGGCAA